AAAUCAUCAACAAUCAAAAAAGCAGAAAAUAACGAUUUAACUAAUACUGAAAAAUUUGCCAAUACACUACAAGAUAAAGUUAAUAUAUCAGCGAGGGCUGUCAAUGAUGAAACAUUAAUUAUAUCUGCUAAAGCAUCAAACAAUAAUAUAAAUUUGAUCAAAGAAGAUCUAAUUACCUGGAAUAUCACUUUCAAAAAAUACAAUGAGAUCAAAAUAUCCCUAAAAAUUGAAAAGUUGAAACAUUUUGUUAGCCUCAAACAACAUUAUAUCAAUCUGUUUUAUGCUGCAACUCAGGAAACACCUAAUGGGUCUAAAUCUUUACCCAAUAAAACAAAGAUUGAACAAA